GAGUCCCACCCACUUCUCUUAAGUACACGGAUCCUGAGACAGGGCUGUGCGCACUUCAGGAAGAGUCUGCGAACCAGCACAAAUUAUGAGCUACCCUGGAUACCCACCUCAGGGAGGAGGAUACCCUCCACAGCCUGGAGCAUACCCUCCACAGCCAGGAGCCUAUCCCCCGCAGCCCGGGGCUUACCCUCCUCAGGCAGGAGGUUACCCAGCAUACCCUCCUCAGGCAGGGGGCUAUCCCCCUCAGCCCGCGGCUGGGGGCUACCCUCCACAGCCUGGAGCCUACCCUCCUGCACCCGGAGGAUACCCUGCUCAGCCUGGAGGCUUCCCACCAGCUCCUCCCCCUGGCACUUGGGGAGGCGGCCCGACUGGGGGUUAUCCCUCUAUUGGUCUUGGUGGCAUGACCAACCCUGGGUAUCCUGGAAUGGCCAACCAGAACCCACCUGGGGGGCUCUAUCCUGGUCUUCCCACCACUGGGGGGUGCCCUGCGGCCCCACACAUGGGGGGCUAUGGUGCCUCCUACCCUCUUAACCAACAGUCAUAUGGCCUGUACCCACAGCCAGGAGCACCAGGAGCACCCCAGCCUCAGGCACCAGGGAUGAACUACCCCGCUGGACCAGGACAGCCCAUGCCAGGAUACCCUAAUGCUCCUUCACCCAACCCAAGCAUGCCUGGCUUUGGAGGAACACCAGCACCUAUGCCUGGGUACCCCAAGGCCCCAUCACCUAACCCAAUGCCAGGCUAUGGAGGAGGAGCCAUGCCAGUAGUACCACCUGUGAAUAAAGGAUUCAGGGGAACAAUCAAGGACUAUCCUGGAGCUGACCCUCUCAAAGAUUCGGAGGUCCUUAGGAAGGCCAUGAAGGGCUUUGGAACUGAUGAGCAAGCCAUUAUUGACUUAUUGGGCAGUCGCUCCUGCAAACAGCGUGUGGCCUGCCUCAAAGCCUUUAAAACCGCGUAUGGGAAGGAUCUGAUUAAGGACCUGCACUCAGAGCUGUCGGGAGACUUCCGAAAGUUGGUGAUGGCCAUGAUGAAGACCCCGGCCCAGUUAGACGCCUACGAAAUCAACAGUGCUAUUAAGGGUGCUGGAACCGACGAAGCCUGCCUGAUCGAAAUCCUCUCCUCUCGCUCCAACGCUGAAAUUAAAGAGAUAAGCCGUGUUUACAAAGAAGAAUAUAAAAAGAAAAUGGAGGAUGCAAUUAGCAGCGACACAUCUGGGCACUUCAGAAGACUGCUGGUUUCUCUUUCACAGGGUAACCGUGAUGAAAGAGAACACGUGGAUAUGUCAAUGGUCCAACAAGAUGCUCAGGCACUGUACGCUGCUGGAGAGAUGAAGCUAGGCACUGACGAAUCUAAAUUUAAUGCUAUUUUAUGUGCAAGGAGUAAGAGCCAUCUCCGAGCAGUAUUUAUGGAGUACCAGCGCAUGUCUGGCAGGGACUUGGAGAAGAGUAUAUGCCGUGAGAUGUCUGGAGAUCUGGAGAGCGGCAUGUUGGCUGUCGUCAAGUGUAUUAAGAACACAUCUGCCUACUUUGCCGAGAGGCUUUACAAGGCCAUGAAGGGAGCUGGGACUAAGGACCGAACCCUGAUCCGGAUCAUGGUCUCCCGCUCUGAAGUGGACAUGCUGGACAUCCGCAAGGAAUAUGUCAAGAACUAUGGGAAGUCGCUCUACACGCAUAUCUCUGGGGACACUUCUGGAGACUACAAGAAACUGCUACUAAAGCUGUGCGGAGGCAAUGACUGAACAGUGCUAAUGCCUAAUUGGAUAUUUUUGUUUUUUAUUUCUUUUUUUUUCUUGUUUUCUGCACUUGUACCAAAGAAAAUGCUAUAUGCAAUAUGCCGUGCCAAUGCUGUCAAUGCAAUCUUUACCUAUAGUAGACUCAUGUAUACACACUCAAUGAAUGUGCUUGUUUUUAUAUUUCAUGCCAGAUAUUUUAGAAAUGAGCUAUUUUUAAAAGAUGAAAAUUUACAUAUAUUUACAUGCUACGUACAUAUUUUUUACAUAUGUUUAGGUAGUAGUUUAGCAAUUAAAAUAAAAUGGAAUGUAGUAAUAGAAAUAGGUUGUUAUAUGUAAUAUUUGAGUAGCAGCGAAUGUGCAAAGUCACCUCAGCAUUAAUGCCAAAUGUUUAACCCAUGUCUCUCUAUGCAGCACUGCUUAACUGUUUUUGUUUACUAUAAAUGUUCAUGGAACUUAAUGUAUAAAAACAUGUAUAAACAUAUAUCUCUACAUGUUAUGGAUAAGAUAAUUUACACUAAUAAUAUAUUUUAUCAAUAUAGAGAAAAUAUUGCUAAUGCCGAAAGAUUUUUAAAUCACUGAGUUUGAAAGUUGCAGUCGUAGGAUGGUAUUGUAUGAGCAGGUAGUAAAAAGUUAAUUUAAGUAUUGUACUGAUGGUGAUGUCAGUGUCAACUUCUAAUAUUGAUUUAGCUGUACUAUUACCCGGAAAUGUAUUUUUUAAUAUUCUGAAUUACAAAACAUUACAGUUUCUGUUCUAUAACUUUAUUACAUUAUAUUAACAGUAGAUGCACUUAGUACAGGUCAGUAAAGGUCCACCUGUAAGUUAACUCAUUAAAGGUCCUAUAUUUCGCAAAACUGGCUCUUGUGAGCUUGAAGCCGUGUCAGAAUGUUGUUACAUCAUCAAAAAACAAACCUGGAGUUGUGUUUUGUUUCAUUCACACAUUUGAAUAACUCUUUAUUAUUAGUCUCUGCUACCUCUUUAUUUCCAAGGCUGAGAAUGCUCUGUUCCAUUUUGUGAUGUCAUGUAGUGGUAGCUUUCAAGUUAACAGCUCCUUUUACCUUUAGUUAAGUAGAGAUUUGCAAUUCCAGGGCUGAAACAAUCCAAAUGAUUCUAGUGAAGGUGUUUGGAGUUUAAAAACACAUCAGAGCACUUCCUGUAUGACCCCAUGACAUCAUGAGUGUUUGCUUUUUGAGAGAAGAACUGUUUGUCCUUUGUGAUGAGGAAACAACAUUAUAACAGAUCAGAAAAUUGUGUAAUAUGGGCCCUUUAAAUCAACUUAAAUUACCAUUACUAUUCUGAAAUCAAUUCAUUUAAACUACUUUUAUGUUUUUGUGGUAUACUCACCUCUGGACAAAUGUACGUUAUCAUUUAAAGCUACCUUAUUGUAAACCUCCUGCAGGGGGCGAUAGCGUGUCACAUUGUAUAGUAUUCUGUAGCAUAGAGGCCUCUUUUUUUGUAAUGCACUGCUUUCUUUCUUUUUUUAGACUCAUGCAUCUCCUUUAAUGCUGGCAUUGCAUAACGUGCAUGACCACACAUGUAAGAGCUGCAACACCCAAAAAAAUAAUAAACUCAUGU